AUGUGUUCCACUCUGGGGUCAGCUUUUCCUGUCAAUUAUGCAAGCAGAAUUGUGCAAAGACAAUGUUUUCUUCCCUUACAACUAGCAAAGGCUCUUCUUGCCUUUGCUCUUUCGUUUAUCUGGAUUUGUCUUACCUUUCCUGAUCGAGAAAUCUUACCGGAAUGUCGAAAAGUUAGGGACCUCUUCACACCUUUGCCUUCCCUGAUGAAACUGGGAACUAUCAAUCAGUGUAAUAUUGUCAGCUUCUUGAAAUUAAGGAAAACAUGGAGUGGUAACUUUUGUCUUUUUUCUUACAAAACACAGGUAUCUCUUUCAGAUGAGCCAGAAACACUGUACAAGAGAUUAUCUCUUUUAGUUAAAGGCCAUGAUAAAACUGUGUUGGACAGCUAUGAGUAUUUUGCAGUGCUUGCAGCUAAAGAACUUGGCAUCUCUAUUGAAAAAGUACAUAGACCUCCAAAGAAGAUAGAACGAUUCACACUUUUAAAAUCGGUACACAUUUACAAGAAGCACAGAGUUCAGUAUGAAAUGAGAACGCAUUACAUCUGUUUAGAGUUAAAACAUUUAACAGGCAGUACUGCUGCUGUGUAUUUGGAAUAUGUUCAACGAAACUUACCUGAAGGGGUUGCCAUGGAAGUAAAAAAGACUAAGAUCGAGACAAUACCUGAGCACAUUCAGAAGCCAGUUUGGGAUACACUACCUCAAGUAGAAGAAACUCAAGUCAAAUCAUGAACUCAGCAGUUACUUGGCUCCGUUAGUGCUGGAAUUACUUGCUCCUAUCAGCCUAACUUGCUGAGAUUUACUGAGUACAGAGAUGCUACUGUUAAAUAAAUUUCUCUUUUGUAAAGUAA